AUGAAGAUAUAUCUACGCUAUCUCGGUAACCCUGGAUAUCAACAAGGUAUUGGUCAGGAACUUGGUGUUAGUCAAGCAACGGUAUCUCGGACUGUGGAUAGAGUUGUGAACAGCAUAGUUACACAGUUGAACGAAUGGAUCAAGUUUCCAACUACCAACCAUGAACUGAUGGAGACCAAGCGGAUAUGGCAAAACAUGUAUAAAUUUCUGACAGCAAUUGGUGUAGUUGAUGGUACACAUAUAGGAAUCCUGAAACCAAAUCGCCAUGGAGAUGAGUAUAUCAACCGAAAAGGGAAACCUAAUUUAAAUGUGCAAGCCACUUGUGAUGACAGAGAGAUGUUCACAGGUGUUGAUGUCAGUUGGUCUCAAUCAGUGCAUGAUUCCAGAAUAUGGAGAAAUUCAAAGACUGGAUCACAACUAAUAAAUAAAGCAGAUGUUGUACUACUUGGCGAUGACGGUUAUGGUAUUGAGCCAUGCCUUAUGACUCCCUUCAGAAAUCCUACUGCAGGUGCAGAAAUAAAUUAUAAUAAGCUUUUAAAACAAGAAACAGUUAUAAUUGAACGCUGUUUCGGCCAACUGAAACGCCGGUUUCCUAUCCUACAGUAUGUUUGCCGCGCAAAGUUGGAAAAUGUGCCGAAAAUAAUUACUGCUGGGGCUUGGGCGAUCCUGACUUUGAGUUAGUUGAACAAGACCCAGAUGAAGAUGAAGGAAAUCAUGAGAAUGACGAACUUCCUCCCCGCCAAUUAGGUCAACAAAUAAGAAGAAUCUUGAGUAUUAUAAUAAAUAGUUUUACUGAUUAAAAGUGUAUUUAUAAGUUAUAAUACGUUUUAUUCAACAUCAUAAGUUACGGGUAGC